AUGACGACCGCGAGCGGCAGCACCGGCGAUGUCAGCAACAGCACCACCUUUUCCAACAACCAUAACUCGGUGGCGGUGGCCAUGAACCACGUGGCCAACGCGGCCUUUCGCAGCCUGCAGACCACGCUGCAGCAGAUUCAGCAAAAUCCACAAAUCAACAAUAAUCAGGGCGGGCAGACGUUGGCGAACGUUGGAUCCAAUCCGAAUUCUAAUAACGUAGCAGGGGGAGGAACGUCCGCCGGCAGUGGACAGCAACCUCCGGCCAGCUUCAUGGCCAACAACACGACCCAUCCGCCGCCGCCACCCGACUACGACUACUACUACAAUGAUUACUAUCGCCGCUGGAGCGGAAUUAUGAACUUUUACAAGUAGAUUCGUGGCGGAGAUCCUCAUCAAAUCGUGUGAACUGUGUGCAAAGCACCAACUUCAUUCAAGCGCAAAACUAUCGUCGUUGUUUCUAAGGUGAUGAUUUGCCGUGAGUCAGAGAGAGAAAGAGAAGAUUUUAUUUACGCCACCCUUUGUUAAACCCCGCUUAAAACAACGGAUUUUGUUUAUUCUUCCUCCCUCACUUCCUUCUUUUUUAGUCGUUAAGUGAUGAAUAAUUUUAAGCAAGAGUUUUUCGAAACACGCUUUCCUCCCCCCCACGUGACUGUAAAUAUUAUCUUUAUAAAUUUGCUGACCUGCUCCAACGUCCAUCUUCCCCACCCCGAACCCCACAGAGAGAAAGAAUUUGAAAUGAUAAUAAAAUGAAAAAAGCGCAAAAACUAACAAAAGUGAGCAACACACACACACAUAAUUACAAACAAAAAAUCUACGUUUUAACAAGCAUUGCGCGGGAAAUCCUUCAAAGUAGUCAUUUCCGAAUUACAAAACUAUUUUUCUUUUUCAGUCGAUUUAAGAACAAUUAUGAGCUAUUUAAAACGCGCCACAGUAGAUGAAGCCAGAAAACAUAAUAUUAAAAAAGAUUAACAAUACACACAAAGCAGAUAAAUACAAAACAAAAAAAUAUUGAGAGGAUGCAAAUAAUUCCCAGAUAUCAGUACUCUAGAGUUUAGAUAGAGAGCGCGCGACAGUCGCGCAGAACGUUAAGUGACAACAACA